CAGUAGCAACAGGCAUAGAGUUAGUAAAACAACUCUAGAGGAAAAGCUGGGCCGAAAAAGUGGGAACCGUUUAGGCAAAUCCAUGUACUUCCCAUGAUUCCCAUGCUGGGACAACCGCUCCCAUUGUAGCUCACGUAGACACUAGCGCCAGAGUUCCAUGCUACGAUGUUAAUGCAUCUGAUUGUACAUUGCCAGCAGUGCGCAUAGUUGUUUGUGCUCCGUAAUAUUUGUCGUUUUCUGUCUGCAUCGCGUUUCACCCGCGAACUUUAUCGGCGCUGCCGUGUCGUGCUUUGAGCAACGGACCGUGCUUUCGAUGGAGCCAAAAUGGUCGAGCCCAUCUUUGACUAUCAGUUCCGGCUAAUACUGAUUGGCGACAGUACUGUCGGAAAGAGCACGCUGCUCAAAGCGUUCACCGACGGCAAGUUUCACGACGUCUGCGAUCCGACUGUCGGCGUCGACUUCUUCGCAAGGCUCAUCGAGGUGAAGAAGGAUGUCAGAGUGAAACUUCAACUGUGGGACACCGCCGGACAGGAGCGUUUUCGUUCCAUCACGCGCUCCUACUACCGCAACUCUGUGGGUGCCCUUCUUCUAUAUGAUAUAACCAGGAGAGCCAGCUUUGAGCACUUGGUCGACUGGCUGUUCGAAGUCAAGCGGCACAUUGAGCCGCACAAGGUCAUCUACCAGUUAUUCGGUGCCCUGGUCCUUGGCUGGGAAUGUCAUGCUGUCUCUCGUCACGGUGGAGCUCUCUACAACGGUUCGUUAACCACGGAAGCAAAGUUUCAAGACAUCUGUGCCUCACCUACCUCAUCUUAUCCUGGCGACUGCUGCUUGCCACCAAAUCAGAUGCUCCCUGUCGACCAGCGCCUCACCAGCAACGGUACAGUUGGUGACCCUUACGACGAAGCUGCAAUAGCGGGUGCAUUCCCAGCUUCCAUGUGUCCGUACGCUGCCGCCCUCCUCUGGCAGGGUGGUUACGUCACUGGUCAUUUGUCACCUGAUGUGCACUGCGCAUCUUCAGCGUCUUCAGCUGCGCCGAUAGCGAGUCAGCUUAAAGCCAGCGCUCCGAACGAAAUCUUCAGUGGGCAUGGACGCACGACAGGAAUGAUGGCCUCACGCAUCUUUUUGUUCAUUCCACAGGCUCCCUUAGUACUGAUGUCGGACAAUUCCCGUCCCGAAAAGGAUGCCUUGAAAAAGGCAUGGCCCGCAGCAGAACAGCUCCUAUGCCAGUUUCAUGUGCUGCAAGCAGAAUGGCGCUGGCUGACUGCAGCGGGUAACAAAGUCCCCAAGGAAGACCGACGUCAACUGAUGGCUGCCUUCCAAAAGAUACUGUAUGCAAAGGACAAGAGCCAGCUGGAAGCAGCAAAAGAGCACCUCCGCACUGUUGGCCAUGAAGGUUAUGUCCACGGAGUCGAGGCAUUUCUUUGCUGCGAAAAAGAAUGGGUACAGAUGUACCGAAGAAAUCUUGCAACAAAGGGGCACAACACAAACAACUAUUCAGAAGCCUCAAUAAGAAUCCUCAAAGAUGUUGUCCUUUGCCGUACAAAGGCAUACAAUGCAGUUGCCUUGGUCGAGAUAAUAGUCUCGACUUGGGAGAAGUAUUUCGAGACAAGGCUUCUGCGGCAUGCGCACCACCGAGAGGCAUCACGUCACCUCACGUUUGAACACCGGCUGCAAGACCUUCCAGAGCUGCCCGCAGGGAGUGUUACCAAAUCUGGCGAAACCUACUAUGUGCCCAGUUCCUCCAGCAACGCAACAUACCAGGUACAAGCUGAUGUGGGCAUUUGCACCUGUUGGGUAGGCAGCCAAGGUGGCUUCUGUAAGCACCAGGCUGCAGUGCAGAGGGCCUUCGGAGGGUGCUUUCCUAAUAGCCCUAAGCUCACACCAGCAGACUGUAAGCAGCUUGGGCAGCUUGCAUUAGGUGAGCGAUUCCCCCCACUGGAUUUCUUUUUACCGAUGAGGCCAGCACAAGACAAUGCCCCCAGUGAGCCAAUAGAAGAUGAAUUCCUCAACAUGGUGGAAAGUGCCUCAGGCGCGCCAUUGCAACAACAGCCAUGGCAAAUAAUUGCUCCCAACUCCUGUCCACAGCCAGGACCAAGCACCACUCCCGACUUCUGUCCUCAGCCAGGACCAAGCACUGCUCCCGACUUCUGUCCUCAGCCAGGGCCAAGCACUGCUCCCGACUUCUGUGCACAACCAGAGGACACUGAAGAAACCUACACUGCAUUGGAAAGGGCACUCAGGAGAAUGCACAAGCUUGCAGAAGGGAACCCCGGCUAUGGAGUGUUGCUGAGGAGCUUUAAAAAAAGGAGCUUUUUUUUUUGCUGCAAUAGGAAAAGUUUCCAGAAGCAGUGGAGCAUACAGCAUGCUCCUGAGGCUAAAUGCUGCUGCUCGAGCGCAUAGACACCAUGGUAAAAAAAUCCGGGUCCAGCCAACAGCUUCGGCAAGGCGCCGAAGCGGAGUCACCAGAAAGUCCGGCCGAAUUCCUUCUGGUCGGCCAGCCAAAGCUGGCAAUACAAGGAAACCAAAACGCGGGCACAAAUUAAGUGACUCAGUUCAAGCGAAUGUGCCGGCAGCUAAGAGCCACUAAAACUGGUUAGGAGGAACUCUUGCUAUCUUUAAUAUGUCAGGGUAUGUGCCUCGGCUUAUACAGUUAUUAUUUUAGUGAGUACUCCCACAAGAAUAUCCAUAAUGUCUUUCAAUGCUUCUACGGUAAUGCCAUCGUGACCAGUAGCUUUGUAGCAAGGCAUGCCUGAUAUCAUUGAGGUUAAUGGCAUGCUCGUCCACUUGGUCCAAGGAAAAAAACAUGCAUGGAUGAUGGGGCAAUCGACAUUGCUUUCAGUAACUGGAAUACGCUCCGCUAGCUUUGGGCCAAUGCUAGUAAAAUACGCAUUAAAUGUGUCGGUGCACCUGGCAUCAACAUGUUCAAGAGUGAUGAGUCUUUUAUUUGGUUUAUUUCCCACAUUUUUUGGGUAUUGCCUUGUGCUUGUUUUAUUAAGAAUGCAUUGUAUUCUUUUUUCCGCCUCCGGAUAACAGCUACUACGUGGUUACGAGAUAUUCGAUAGUAUUGCAAAUAAUAGGUGUUAUCUCUAUGUUUUUUUUUCGACUUUUGGUAUUACCAGUCCUUUUCUUUUAUUGCUGUAAGUAUGGUGUUAUUCAUCCAUGGGCACAAAGGUUCCUCGUAUUUGUUUUGUUUAUAUGUGGUACACUGAGAUAUCAUGUGGGCUAAUGCAUUUGUAAAGUUUGCGCAUUCGAUAUGAGCGUCACUGCUAAAUUCAUUUUGAAAUUCCUUUUCCUUAAUUUUUUGCCGCAGUAUUUUGUAAUUUAUCCUGCGAUUUGCCUAGAUGGUCUUUUUUGCAAUGGUAUUAUUUGCGCUGUGUAAUAACACAAAAUAGGGCAGUGGUCAGUGAGACUCGAAUCGUAUACGCCAGAAUGUAUGUUAUCACUGUUACACAAUACAUGGUCUAUAGUUGUAGAUGCACUUGGUGACAAUCUAGUAGGUUCUUAGAUUGUAUACUUAAAGUUGUAUGACUCCAGUAGGUGCAUGUAUUCACAAUUCGUGUCUUUGCUGAUAUCAAUGUUAAAGUCGCCAACAAUAGUGAUGGUACCAUAGCUCUUACUGCUUAGGGUGGAAUGGAUAGAUUCCAACGAUUGAUAAAAAACUGGCAGACUAGAGUUUGGUGGCUGGUAUAUUGCACCAACAACUGAACGUGAAUCUAAAAGAACAAAACGAGAGAUUCAACCGUACUGUUACUAAUCACAGUAUUGGUGAUUAUCCUAAAGGGUACCGUCUGCUUGAUUAGUAGAGCCACUCAACCACCGCACGAUACAGCAUUCCUGGGAUUGCUUACAAGACUGUAUCCCGGAAUGGAGAUGUGCUCACCUUCUUUUAACCAAGUUUCCGUUAAGCCAAUUACAUCACAGGUAAAAUUAUGCUGUGCCAAAAAGGAACACAAUGUAUCUUUGUUUCUUGGAAAACUUCGAAUGUUACAGUGAAGUAUCGAUAUACCCUGGGUUUUGUGGAAUUCCCGUUCAACAUCACGGAUAGAGAAUGCCGUGAUUGGUGUGGCAAACAAGACUUAGCUCUAGAGGCUCUAAACUACCUUUUUCAGGUCGUCUUCAGAAAUGAUGUGCAAUACACGAGAAUUCUCGGUUUUCCGCAUUAGAAUUUUGGCCUGCGAUUCCCAUACAUACUUCCAAUUUUUGUCAGUGUUAUUGUGAAUGGCAUGAUCGAAGUUAAUUCAGAGUAUCUUUAUGCAGCAAAUAAAGAUUCU